CACGCACACACACAGGAGCCCGGAGUGUAUGCGCGCGCGUGUGUGAGACAGAGAGAAACUGGACAUCACACAGCGCCGCCGCUCACAAGGCAGAGCCUGCUCACCUGCGCGGGACCGAGAGGGAAUUGAAAAUGGAAACGCGCCACUGUACCGUGAACAAAUAAGGGCGAACGAGGCGUCCGUGCGCAGAACUGGCGUACCGGGUGAGAGCUCCUACGAUCUGACACAUCUUGCUGUUCAGACAUGAAACAAUUAGACUACAACCUUCACCUCAAUCAAACUCUUUAAUCCGAUGACUCCAAUCACUUGAAUUUCUAUAACUUAACAGCUCAAUGAAGAGUUGAGGGACAGAGAUGCAUAUGUCUCGCGCACAAAUCCAACAAGUGGAUAAACGAAAAUCCUUGGGUUAAUGCUUGUCCGUGGUGGAGUCCGUGAUUUGGAAAGACAACUCGAGAUUGAUGACCAGUCUACGCGGUAGGGAAGAAAAACAUGCAAUGUAUACUCUGCUAAAGGUUCAGAGCUAGACAGCUCAUGUGCGUCCGUGAUUAUUCAUCUUGAACCCAGACAAAUAUUCAGGAUUUGAAAAAAACGGACUUCAUGCGUAAAAACAAGUCCACCAUAGGCUACCCAAAUCAACCAGCGUUGCAACGUCAAGUUUACAAAGAGCCGUCUUCACCUGCAUUUAUUGCGUAUAUUUAUCAGACAGGGUGAUAUUUGUGGAUCUAAAACGGGAUUGCCGUCCCCCCUGGACCUGGAUCCCCUGCGCGUCUUCCCCGUGGAUUCGACCAGAGCCUCUGUAGAAGUGGAAGUCGGGGAAAGUUGUGACCCGCCGUCCAUCCACAUAACUAUAUGAGGACCAGGGAGCAGGUGGGAUCCAGACACCGCAGCCAUGCCUAUGCACCCCGUCACCUCCACCUUAAUGUAUCGGGGUGUGUGCACCAUUCCGGACAUCCUCGCCUACCGCGACCCGGUCAACCUGCCCGAGGAUGAAGUCGAGGAGAUCCGGGAGGCCUUCAAGGUGUUUGACCGUGAUGGGAACGGCUUCAUCUCCAAGCAGGAGCUGGGCAUGGCCAUGCGCUCCCUGGGGUACAUGCCCAACGAGGUGGAGCUGGAGGUGAUCAUCCAGAGACUGGACAUGGAUGGGGACGGCCAGGUGGACUUUGAGGAGUUCGUCACCCUGCUGGGGCCCAAACUGACCGCCGCCGGCGUCCCCGACAAGUUCAACGGCACGGACUUCGACUCUGUCUUCUGGAAGUGUGACAUGCAGAAGCUGACUGUAGAGGAGCUGAAGAGACUGCUGUAUGACACGUUCUGCGAUCACCUGACCAUGAAGGACAUCGAGAACAUCAUCAUGACAGAGGAGAACCACAUAGAGAACCCUGAGGACUGUCAGGUGGAUAUCGACACUAGUCCCACACAGCAGGUCAAGCAGACCUGCGUGCGCAAGAGCCUGAUCUGUGCGUUCGCCAUCGCGUUCAUCAUCAGCGUCAUGCUCAUCGCGGCCAACCAGGUGCUGCGGAGUGGCAUGAAGUAGACCGGGCCCACCUCAACGGGGCCCCCCCGCCGGACCCCCACCUGGCCCCACAGACUGAGACAACAGACGGCUAAACGACGACAUCGAAAACCACAGACCUUUCGUGGACGACCGCGCCACAAGACAACGUUCAAGGACCUCUCUGACAGGGCCCGAUGAAUCUCUAGGGACCUCUUCCCCCCCCCCCCCCCCCAUUCUCUUCUCCCCACGGGAGCCAGGAAAAGGGUGGCCUGGAUAAGAACCAUCUGCGCAUGCCCUGCAUGGAUGUAUCUGUCAUCGUGACGCGCGUGUAACGGUUCUAAUCUGUGUAUAUCCAUGUAACUGUGAAUCAGGGUGUGUACAUUACUAAUCAACAACUGUGACUAACUUGUGUAUUGAGGAUGUGGUGCGGCGACGACGAAAACAACAACAGCAUCAUGAAGGUGAAUAUUUCAUCUGCAGGAAUGGAAGGGCUGUUUACAAUAAGCUUGGGAGAGGGGUUUGCUGUCAUUGCGUGCUCUAUAAGUUGUACUAGGCAGCCCACAACCCUCUCCUCCUAUAGGACAGCUAUCCAACUAAUUGACAUCCCCUCUGCUCCUAUUGGACAACUGAGCUUGUGACACUCCCCCCCCCCCCCCUCUCACAGCCAGAAACUGUGAGAAAGGCCAACUGAAAUAAUUCCACAUACUGACCGUUU